CUCGUGGUUGCCAUGGAGAUUACGGGAGGAUUUGAUGCGGAGAGUCCGUGCAUACUCUGCGGGAAAUAAACGGGGCACUACAGUAACAAAAAUCCGCGAGAGUUUCCCGGACAACCUGCUGACAAGACAAUGCAUUUCAACCCUCCUGUUAGCAAAGACAGGAUCAUAUCGAAAUUUCCCAAGUGUUAUAAUCCUCAAGCUUGCCUACAGAUGAAAAAUGACUGGAAUACAAAAGCUAAAAUGGCUUGCCAAGACAGGGCUGCUCGCCUACAAGGAUACGACAGGCUUAAGAUGUCGAAAGCAGUGGUGGUUGGAGAUCUCAAUGUUGGAAAAACAUGUUUAAUUAACAGGUUCUGUAAGGAUGUGUUUGAGAGAGAUUACAAGGCCACUAUUGGUGUUGACUUUGAGAUUGAACGAUUUGAGAUGGCUGGGCUUCCAUACUCUCUUCAAAUAUGGGACACUGCUGGUCAGGAAAAAUUCAAAUGCAUUGCAUCAGCAUAUUACAGAGGUGCUCAGGUUAUUGUAACUGUCUUCGACAUGGCUGAUAUCAAGACAUUGGAACACACACAACAGUGGUUAUGUGAGGCUCUAAAGGAAAAUGAACCAAACUCUUGUUUCGUUUUCUUGGUUGGCACAAAAAGAGACCUCCUGUCUUCAGAGGAGUGCCAGAGAACAGAGAGAGAUGCUAUAAAGAUUGCAGGAGAGAUGAACGCUGAGUUUUGGACGGUGUCUUCGAAAACAGGAGAGAACGUGUCAGAGUUUUUCUUUCGUGUAGCAGCUCUGGCCUUUGAAGAUGCCAUUCUGAAGGACCUUGAGACAGGAAACAGCACCGCUCAGAUUGGAGAUGGAAGUAUUCUGAACGAUAAAGCGAUGGAGGAUUCUGCAGCUAAGCCAAUGAAGAAGUCUUGUUGUUGAUUCAUAGUACUAGAUAACAUAGUGGAUAAAGGGAUAUGUUUAUCUGACACAACCAACUGUUGGGCUGGUGCAUCACUGCAGUACUGAACAGCGCUUACCCUCUAUGAGAAGAUUACAAUUACAUUUAAGGAUUUUUGACAUAGGACUCCAAAUGAAUUAUGAUUUAUAUGUAAUAUUGAAGUCAGUAUUUUGUACUGCUGCAUAAAUCACUGCCAUUUGAUAAUUAUAUUUUGUGUUAUGUUGCAAAGUUUUGUAUUUAGUUUAGCAUGCAUAAUUCAGCCCAUUUAAUGAAAUUGUUAAUCAGUAUUUCUCUUUACCCCGGAUAAAGAAAUGUAUGUACAGUGAGUGAUAAAAUUAAAAGAGGCAAUAUAUCUGAAAAGAGACAUCAUCAAGUGUAACAGAUUGCUGUUUAUUAUUCUAGGCCUUUUCUACAAAUAAAGUACCAUAUUUUGUAUCUUCAAA